AUGCGCCCAGUCAUCAUCACCUUCAACGUGGGCUUCUCUUUGUCUUAUGGCAAACAUCACCCUUCUCAAGCGCAGAAGGCGACAACAUCUGCGACGGCGCCCGCACCAGCUCCUCCGCUAGUCGCACCAAACGAUCCAAACGAUCCAAACGAUCCAAACGAAGCCAUGCUUUCUCCCACUACGCUCGACCUGCAACGACGCAUCCGCCAGCAUGUGCGUGAAGGCCUGGCGCAGCUCAACCAGGAUCCGGGCAGACCAGCCGAAGACCAGCGCGACGGCAGUAACGACCAGGAGCCCGAGCACGAGCGCCAGGCCGACUCGGAGUCCCUGGAACAUCUCGAAGCAGCGAAAGCAGCCGAUGCCGCGCUCUCGAAAGCGAUGGAUGUCGAGAGCCUGGAAGCGCUGUGGCGCAGCACAGAAGACAAGGACGCCUUCCGACCUACCUCGUUCGUCACACCAGAGAACAAGACGUUCUGGCCGCCGAAGGCUCAGCGUGCGAAAGUGAGAGAGCCGUCGGUGGUUACGGAUGCUGCGCCGUUCACUACUCCAUCGAGCGUUGAGAGGGAGAUUGCGGCGAAGGCUGGGAGUGAAGGUGCCAUAAGUCAGAUGUCAGGGUCAGAGAUGCUAUCGUUCUUAUUGAACUCUCCAAGCACCGACAAGGAUUUCAAGCAACCGGAGCCCGAGAACGAGUUCGAAGUAUUCCUCCAGCGAUCCACGGCAAGCAGUCGUAAGGGCAACACGCCAGUCAGCAUGAAGAAGAGCAACAGCUUCAGCGCCUUAUUGAGAUCAUCUCAGGCGCUUGACGUCGUCGAAGGACCAGGACAGCCGAUGGAGAGCAGUUACAUUCAGCAACAAGCAGAGUCUGUCUUCCAGGCGUUCGCCGAGGCGGAGCGGGCGCAACCAGAUAACGAUCAGACUGAGAACACCUCGCCAGCUAUCUUGGAUGAGGUGUCGAAGCCGAAUACAGAUUCAUGCAGCGAGACUCUCCCGGACAUCGUCGUUACUGCACCAGUUCAGGAGAAAGCUGUUGGGAUGGAAAUUGGAAUUGAAGCAGCCAAGAGUGAGACGGAGUCAGCCCAAGACGCUGAUGGAGAUAAGAUGGAUGUUGAGCGCGAGGACGAAGAGGUGUACGUGCUUGCACCGUCAACUGCACAACAUGCUGAAGACGAUGGGGAUGGGGAAUGGGAGAUGGUUGAUGAAGAGGUGGAAAUGAAGUGA